AAGUUUUCUUGAGUUUAAAGAAAAUAUAAUUAAAAAUCAAAUCAAAUCCUUAAAUUCUAAAGAAAAACUUUUAAAAAAGCAUAGCUUUAAUCUAACAGCUAGAAAUGAUUUACAAAGACAAAUUGACGAUAUCAAUAUUCAAAUCGAUUUAAAUAUGGAUCAAUUUGAAAAAUUAUUAGAAAAUAGAAAUCUAUUUAUUUAUGAUAUUCUAUUAAAACAGGAUAUCAAUAAUUGUACCAUUUGGUUGAAAAAGAUUAAUUUUUACAAGAAAAAGGAAAAAAACAAUAAAAAUUUAAAUGAUUUAUUAAAUAUCUAUGUAGAAGCAAUAACAAAGAUUGAUCCUAAAUUAGCUCAUAAAAAUGAAAAUUAUGAUGAUGACAAUGAAAAUAACGAUUCAAAUACAAAUAAUGAUGAUUUAGAUAAUGAAAAUACAAAUGAUGACUUAAAUAAUUUUGAAAAAAUUGAGGAAAUUGAAAACGCAAAAUUUAAGCAAACAACAGGUUUAGAACAAAUAUGGAUUGAUUAUUCAAAAGUUUAUCAAUCAAAUAAGGAUUAUUUCACAGCAAGAUCAAUAUUUAGUACUGCAACAAAAGUUCCUUUUAUGAAUUCAAAUGAUUUAGUUGAAAUAUACUUAGCUUGGGCAGAUAUGGAAUUAACAAUUGACGCAAGUACCGAAGAAGAGGUUGAUAAAUGUUUUGAAAAUGCAAUCAAUAUUAUCAAAAGUAGUUUAGUAAAACCCACUUUUAAAAACAUAGGAAAGGUUGAAGAUCAGAUACGAUUUUUUGAUGAUAAAAUUCCAGCUGCUUACAAGAUCCAUAAAUCAGUUAAAUUAUGGUCAUUUUAUUUGGAUUUAAUUGAAUCAUCCAAUGAUUUUCAAGAGACUUGCAAAGUUUAUGAAGAAAUAAUGAAUCUUAAGAUAUUAACUCCAGUUAUAUUAAUCAAUUAUAUUAAUUUUUUAUGGGAUAAUCAAAAUUUUGAAAAAAGCUUUAAAAUUUUUGAGAUUGGGUUGGAUAAAUUUAACUAUUUUCCAAUAAAAUUUGAGAUUUAUAAUAUUUAUUUAGGAAAGAUUCUUUUAAGAUUCAAGCAAAUGAAACAGAAAAAAAUGGAGAAUUUUAUUUCAAUUGAGAGAAUUAGAGAUUUAUUUGAACAAGCUAUUAAUGAAUGUUCUGGCGAUUUGGUCAAGCCUAUUUAUUUAUUAUAUGCAGAUUUUGAACAACAAAAUGGGUUAUCAUCUAGGUCUUUAAAAAUAUAUGGGGAAGGAAUUAAGCAGUUACAUGAGUGGUUGGAUAGUCAGAUUUCAAUAAAUAAUUCAUUGGAGAUUAAGGAAAAAAUUUAUAAAGAUAUUUUUAAUUUCUAUGAGAUUUUAAUUCAAAAGACAAUUGAAUUUAAAAAUUUCAAUGAAGCACGAAUAAUAUAUGAAAACAUUAUUUCUCAUGAGGAUUUGCCAAAUAAUUAUAUUAUAAAAUUUGUAUUAAGCUUUAAGAAUUUUGAAGUUAAAUUAGGGGAAGUUGUUAGAGGUCGAGAAUUAUUAAAAUAUGGCUGCGAAUUAUUAUUAAAACCUUCCCCACUACAAGAAAAUGGGAAAAUUUAUGAAAAAUACUGGAAAGAAUGGAGAGAAUUUGAACUAAAUUAUGGGGAUGAAAAUACAUUCAAAGAAAUGAUAAAAAUGAAGAGAGCUAUAGGGGUUAAGUUAGGAUUAUCAAAUAACUCAUUGGUUGAUUAUCAGAAUUUUUUUGAAAAUCCAUUGAAUGAAGAUGAAGAUGAUAGUGGUGACGAAGGGAGAGAAGAAGAAAAUGCUUCUAGCGACUAAUUUUAUUUUAUUU